CUCCACCUCUCUCUCUCUCUCUCCCCCUCCCGUGGAUCUCGGUCCGGAUUGUGCCGAUCCCUCCCGCGCACGAGCGGCCCUCCCGUGGUCUCUUGGCGUCCCGCCGCCGUCGUCGCUGGCUCCCGUCCGCCACGGAUUAGGCAGGUGCGCUGUCCGAACCGCCCGUCGUGCUUCUUAAGAGACUCGGCGUCUGCCUGGUCGGUUCGGGCAUUGCGGCGUUGACAGCCAGCUGGAUUCCUGGCUUGGAUACUUAUUAGAUGUGACGCCGUAGAGCGCGCCUGGAUUUGGCUGCAUUGGGCGUUGUCAGGUGUCUGCCCUGUCGAAGGCCUCGAGUAAUUAUCUUACAGAUCUGCCUCGAUUAGGCAUUUGCCAGUGUUUGUGGUUGUAAUUUGUGGUAAAGUCUGAGUAAUCAACUUUAAUCAGACAUUCUUGAAUAUGGUAUCAGUGAAUGUUGGGUUAGUACAUUAUGUAUUGGACCAUAUAUAUGGAACUCUCCUUCAUCGCACGAAAUUAGGAACACCAUUUUUCUCAAAGGGAUGGGGAGGUACCAAACUUGAUUUGUUAGAGAGGAUGGUGAAGCAGCUUUUCCCCGAAGCACCUUGCCAGAACUGGCCACCAACUGCUGUGCAGCCUAAAUGGAAAACAGUUUGGGAGACAAAGAACUCUUGUCUUCGAGAGGGUGUUUUCCGGACAACAUGUGAUGAGAGACUCAUUGAUGCAUUGCCUCCUGAGAGCCACAAUGCAAGAGUCGCUUUUCUUACACCCAAGGAUGUCUCACCAGAGAAGAUGGCUUGCGUGGUCCAUCUGGCAGGCACCGGUGAUCACUCAUUUGAGAGAAGGCUCCGGCUUGGUGGACCUCUUUUGAAGGCCAAUAUUGCAACCAUGGUUCUUGAGAGCCCCUAUUAUGGACAACGACGUCCUAGCAUGCAGCAUGGGGCCAAGCUUCAAUGUGUGAGUGACUUGCUACUCUUAGGAAAAGCCACUAUUGAUGAAGCUCGCAGCCUCUUAUACUGGUUGCAGGCUGAGGCUGGUUAUGGCAAGAUGGGCAUAUGUGGGCUCAGCAUGGGCGGUGUACAUGCUGCAAUGGUUGGAUCCUUGCAUCCUACGCCAAUUGCCACACUACCAUUUCUUGCUCCACAUUCUGCUGUGGUACCUUUCUGUGAAGGACUUUACAGACAUGCCACAGCUUGGGAAGCUCUGAGAGAAGAUGCAGCAGCAUUAGCUAAAGAUGCAACUUCUUUGACCGAAGAUGCGGCAUCCGGAAUCACCAUUGAGCAAGUAAAAGACAGAUUACGGUCAGUGCUGUCUCUGACGGACGUCACUCGAUUUCCCCUACCAAAGAAUCCACAGGCUGUCAUUUUUGUUGGUGCGACGGAUGACGGUUAUAUUCCUAGACACUCGGUGAUGGAGCUCCAGAAGGCAUGGCCGGGCUCAGAAGUCCGGUGGGUGACGGGAGGCCAUGUGUCCUCUUUUUUACUCCACAACGACUCGUUUCGCAAGGCCAUCGUGGAUGCCCUUGACAGAUUAUAACAGGGCGAUUCUUGUGUACCCAUGGUCAGGGAUACACACCAAUUGAACUCUGCAAGCUCAUGACGGAUUGCAUCUCUUGUUGUAUUUUCUUUUAUAAGAAGAGCCGUGAUAUGGCACAUUAGUUGUUGUAACUUAAUUAAGAGUUUGGAUUAAACAAGUGGGAGAAUGAGGGGCAGUGAGUAUCAAAAUUAGUGGAGAUGUUGGCCCAUUGGCUGUAGAUCACAUUUGUAACACAAAUACAGUGACUUGUUGAUUUUUUAACUGGCAAUAAGAUGAUUCACAAUGCU